GUUUACACGCUCGCGUAUAUGCACGUUAAACAUUCAUAUGUAUACUGUGCGUGAAGAGGAGAGAAAAAGAAAAUAUCAUCCUUUUGAAAAUUCCAUCCUCGUUCGUAUUUUUUUUUUUUUUUCUUUAAAAUGGAAACAUUAACAAAGCCGAUCAACACCAUCGGAAUUAAAACUGUUAAGGCUUCCUUGUACGCUUUCCCUUGUGAUUUAAGCUAUCAAUUUUCACUCGUGUUAUAUCAAAACUGUCAACUUUAAUCCUUUCAUGCGAACAAAAUUAUAAAUUCUCCCCUUUCACCUUUCAAAAAUAGGAUUCAGAAAUGAUCCAAGUAUUACGUUGCUCAUAUUUGAAAAAUUGUCCAUCUGUUCGAGUUAAGUAGCAAAAAAAAAUUUGAGAAAGGAAGAGAAAGUUUGACAACUUUAAAGACAAACUUUCUUUGUUACUGCUGAGCCUACCAAUAUCCACCUGAAUUACUCCUCUUCAGGGAGAGAACCAGGGACAGCUACGAAACAACGUUUCGAAAAGUCAGUGAUGUAAAUCACCGUGGACGUAUCUUCCUUCUAAGCAACCAAGUCCUUUCUCUCCUCGGUAAUCGAUUACGAAAUCACUGAACCCCCAUAAACGUUCGAUUCGCAAAUACACGUUAAUGCUCUCGAAGAUAGGUCGUUUAAAAAUUCGAAACAAUUUUCGAACCUUUUUGUAAGUUUCCGAACAAUACCAUCUCUAUCAAAUUUGAACGUACUUCCGGAUCGUCAUUAGUUUAAGUAGACCGGGUUUGAGCCCGGAUGUUCAGAGCAUUGCCUCUUUAAAUUGCAACCCGUUUCAGCAAAAAAAAUCAAACCUCAACGAUAUUUCUCUUCCAUAUACGUAUGUAGUCGUUUUACUAACGAUCAACCAAGAGAACAACGACCCUUAGAUCUCAUCUUCGAAGCGUGCUCGACUCCGAUCGAUGAUCGCGAUCACUCGAGAACAGAAGGAAAGGGAUCGCUCGAUCAGCUACCGGGCACGGAAUGCGAUGGGUUUGGUACGAAAGCACGGAAUAAAAUGGUAAAAUGUCAACUCGACUCUGUUCUACCUACGAAAGAGCAAACGCAUCCUAUUAGCGGUGCAGAGAUCGCAUUGUUUGCCCGUGUGCCCUUAAAAGAGCUAAAUCUCAUCCAUCGUAACGACGUUGGCCUUUGAAUCGCGUGGCAAACGGAUGGCGAUAAAUCGAAACGUCUUCGCGCAGCUGGGAAGAAAAAUAAUUGUGAACGCGACAAGCGCACCACUGUCCCAGCUAGAGAUAAAACUAUUCUACCUGUUGUGGAUGAAACGUCUUUACGUUCUUCCGUGGGAUUUCUAUCGUGUACACAGAUACUAAUAACACCAGUGUCAAGAUGCGUACACGGAUCAGAUAAUAAAUUUCUUUGCCAAUUUGACACGACGCUUAGACGCGGCUAUACGUAUUACCCUGACGAUCUUAAUUUGCAGCUUCUAGUAUCUGGACAUUUUUCAACUUCAUAAAUAAAAUUAUUCAAUCCUCUUCAUUCCGUAAUUGCUUGUCUAUCUUGUACGUUAGAUUCAUAAUCUUGUUAAUACCAAGAGUCCCUUAAAUUCCACUGGCUUAUAAGUACUCCAAAAUAAGGCCGUAGAUAUUGAAAAAACGCUACAAAUGUAUUUUUAUUAACAUUUUAGCUACCAGUGUCACAUGUACCUGUAACGGUAAUUAUCGUAGAAUAAAAAGUUAAAAAAACAAGAGUAGAAAACUCCGCUUGUAGUUUAGGAAUCAACAGCGUCCGGAUAGUGAACGCGAAGUUUAUCUGAUGCUUCGUGAGGAUCGUCGAUUUCAGAGGGGGGAAAAAAGUCGUCCUUGUACACAUAGUCGAGUAUGCUGACGGUAUAUAUAAAAGGUGGCAGAGCUGAAGGAGCACAGAUGUUAGCGGCUUCUGAAAUCCAUCGAUACAACCGUCGCGAAUCGAAAAGUCGCGUGCGUGUGCCUCUCGGGGGAUGCCAUUUCAAGUGUCGUCGGUGUUACUUGAUCUCUAACGACGAUGACUUCUCCGGAAACUGUGUUUCGAUCUCUGAUCCUCUUGCUGGUGGUUCUCGGCAGCUGGUGGUGUUGUGCCGGCGAGAAGCUAUCGCCAAAUCAAAAAGCGCCUCAGUUUGCCCGUGGUUCCGGUGGAUUGAUUCUUGACACACCGUACGAUGAUAACAAGGCCAGAAAAACACCGGUUUCGAGUGGAAACGUAGUACAGGACGGAGUACAGAGAGAUGAGACAGAAAUGCUGAAACUCGUGGACGGUGAACUGGUACGAACUGUAAAAGGAAGCUUCUCUUACAAUAGUCCUGAAGGCCUUCCAAUUUCCGUCAAGUACGAAGCAGAUGAGAAUGGAAAUAGAGCCAGUUUCAAGUUUGGUACCGGUGAAACUGGUGCUAUCAGUGCGGGUUCUUCGACUCGUCCUGGACAAAAACAAAAUGGUAAUCGUGGUGGUCAAACCCAACAAGGAUCAAAGGGAUCGAAAGGUAGCUCGUACCUACCGCCCAAUGAUGCAAACAGAAGUUACUUACCGCCAAAAUAAAAUUUUCAUUGUUAUUCCAACCAAAGCUUCAGCCUAGCUUUAGAUGCUCUGAUUUUUCAGAAACAUUACCUCCUUGAAAUCGUAACAAAAGGUACGUCUCUGUUUUUCGCAAUUUUCCGGAAUUCUUCGACAUUGUAUAUUCUGGUAUAGUUGUAUAUGUUAAUCUUCUUUCGAUAAGUUCACAAUAUUUAUCGAUCGUAACACUCUCCAACAGAGCACUCGAACUAAUCAAUGAUUCGUAAACCGAUUUGCAUAUCAGCUUUGUAGAAACGCGAUUGUUAUUAGCGUAUCAUUCAAUGUUCUCUCUCCUUUUUCAAAGGGACUGUUUAGCAUUCGAGUAACUAGAAAAUAAUAGGCAAACUAGUUGGUUUCACUAGUUGCUACAUUAACUUUUUAUAAAGUAAAAAAAUAAAAUAUAUUUUUCCAUAUACAGCCGUAUUAAUUUUACAACCUUCUACUCAUUGUCAGUCUAAUAAGUACACAGUCUUGUUUUUAUCUUUUCCCUUUUGU